UUGAGAUCUCUGUUGGGUUUAAGCUCAAUGACUUGAACGACUGUACUUGAGAAACUUUUUGUUGCGGCAUGGUGUGUUUUGACACCUGUCAACAGUGACACUGACCCAAAGGAAUUAUUGUAUUCUACGAAAAAUGGAUACUGACAAUCCAAUAAUAUAUGGCCUCGAGUUUCAAGCUAGAGCAUUAUCACCUCAAACAGCAGAAGCUGAUAUCGUGAGAUUUCUGGUCGGAACGCAAUCGUUGAAGUUUCACGACAAUCAAGUACAUUUGGUUGAACUUGACGAGGAAACAGGUAGUUUGAAAACGCAAGUCUUUCAGCACUCGAUUGGAGAAAUAUGGAACUUACAGGCCUCUCCUGCCGAUCCAUCAAAUUUUAUUACUUGCUAUAAUACUCUGAAUGAUGAAGGAAUUUGUCAGAUGAAAGGAGCUAUAUGGAAAUUGCCUCUUACCGAAACUGACGCACACGAAAUCCAAAAACUUGAAAAUGCAGCAGAAAUUGAUACAACCACUUAUGGCAGUGAUCUUAGAAUUAUUACUUAUCAUCCGACGGAUGGUACUAAAGUUGUUUCCGUCGUAGACAAUAACUUUGUACUCUGGGACCUAGCAGCUAGUGCUCCCAAGGCAGUUACGCAAGGGACCUUGGCUAGUAAAGGUCAACCAAAGUUUACUACUGGUAAAUGGAAUCCACAUAAUACUUGCAAUCAGUUUGUAACAUUAAAUGACAACCACGUGCGUGGUUGGGAUUUCAGAAAUCCAACUGAUCAGGUGUGGGCAAUCCAGUCAGCUCACUCUCAAAUUAUAAGAGACCUAGAUUUUAACACCAACCGUCAAUACAUCUUGUCAACCUGUGGUGAUGAUGGUUAUAUGAAAUUUUGGGAUAUCCGACAGCCAUCUGAGCCUGUAAUGUCGCGAAUGGAGCAUUCUCAUUGGGUUUGGAGUAUCAGAAUAAACCGUUUCCACGACCAACUAGUUCUAACAUCUAGUAGUGAUUCUCGAGUAAUAUUAUGCAGUAUAUCAUCUAUUUCUUCAGAACCGUUUGGUCACCUAAUUUCAAGCGAGGACGAACCUGCGCAAACCGAUGAUGGCUCCAACAAAAACAAAAUGGAAGAUAGCGUUGUAGGAAGGUACGAGGAGCAUGAAGACAGUGUUUAUGGAGUUGAAUGGUCAUCUGCUGACCCGUGGACUUUCGCGUCACUGAGUUACGAUGGCAGACUGGUAAUUAACAAAGUGCCUCGAAAAUAUAAGUACCAAAUACUAUUGUAAAUAUUAAAAGUAAUAAAGAAUUAAAUUUUAUAUAAA